CACGCGGUCAUUUGUACGGCAAUUACGUAGCGAUUUCGAUUUCAGAUAUGAAGAAGCUCUCCGUCUAAGGGAAGGCGAUCGCGAAAAGAUCGAUGGCCAGCUGACCCAGCUUAGCGAAUACGAGUCGGAGAUAAAUCUGUUGCGACGUCGUAUCCAGAACUUAGAAGAAGAAGUGAAUCGUCUUAAGAAGGAGAACGUGCGCCUGCAAAAUGAAUUACAGAAGGCCAGAUCGGACUUGGACCAGGAAACUCUGAACCGCAUCGACUACCAGAACCAGGUUCAGACACUGCUGGAGGAAAUUGACUUCAUCCGCCGUGUCCAUGAACAGGAAAUCAAGGAACUGCAGGCUCUUGCUGCUCGCGAUACGACUGCAGAAAACCGCGAGUAUUUCAAGAACGAACUGGCUUUGGCUAUUCGUGACAUUCGAAACGAAUACGACACCAUUACUGCCCAAAAUAAGAACGAUAUGGAAUCGUGGUACAAACUGAAGGUACGUCGUGAAACCCAGUCAGCACGGCAAACGAUGGAGACCGGCUACCAGAAGGAAGAGACGAAGCGGAUGCGGGUACAAUUAGGUGACUUACGCGGAAAACUGGCGGACCUUGAAAGCAGAAACUCUUUGCUAGAGAAGCAGGUUCAGGAACUGACCUACCAGUUGGAGGACGAUCAACGAUCGUAUGAGGCUGCACUGAACGACCGUGAUGCACAGAUCCGCAAGAUGCGCGAGGAGUGUCAGUCGCUGAUGGUCGAGCUGCAGAUGCUGCUUGACACCAAGCAGACCCUUGACGCGGAAAUCGCCAUCUACCGCAAGAUGCUUGAGGGCGAGGAGAACCGUACCGGUCUGAAACAGCUCGUCGAACAAGUAGUCAAGACGCACAGUCUGCAGCAACAAGAAGAUACAGAAAGCAUGCGUGUUGUCAAAGGCGAGAUGGCUACACGCACUAGUUUCCAACGUUCUGCUAAAGGCAAUGUGAGCAUAGCAGAAUGCCAACCGGAAGGAAAGUUCAUCGUCUUGGAAAAUACCCAUCGCUCAAAGGACGAAAAUCUGGACGAAUGGAAGCUGAAACGUAAAAUCGAUGGAAAGCGAGAACUGGUGUUCACCUUCCCAUCGAAGUACAUCCUUCGAAUUUGGGCCAAGAACCAAGGCGGCAUUAAUGAUCCUCCCACCCAAUUCAUUUUCGACAGCGAAGACAGUUGGGGAGUUGGCCUGAACGUCCAGACCAUUCUGUACAACAAGGAUGGCGAAGUACGACCCUUUUUCAUUAUUACUAACUUAAUUUGA